AUGAGCACGGACNACAGAGCCGGGAGGAGGUCUGGCGGGUCUGGCGGUUCUGGUGGGGGAGGGGAUAUUGUCGUGACCGUCAUCUCGAAGGUUCGAGGGAGAGAAACGGAGGAAGUUGCUCGGACCAAAGUCCAAAUCUCACCUCGCCUCACGACGGGGAUAAAGAAGCAAGGGUCGGCUAAGCAGAGAUAG